CAGCAGACAGUAAUGAGGUGGCCUUCUUUUCUUUCUCUAGAAGGAGCCCCUGGGUGGAGGGUGGCCCAUAUUCCCCUCUGUUCUUUGCGAGAUGUUGCAUUUGGUUGUCUGACACCCCAUCCCUGUUCCUUGCUGAUGUGGCUUUCGUAUGGAUGGCUCCAUGCUCCCGACUCCCUGGCCUGUGGCCUCCAUCCACCUGGCACUGACAAAGUCUUCAGCCCUGGGAGUUGUCCCCAGUCCGGGGGAGACCUUGGGCACCUUGGCGAUGGCCUCACACUAAUCCGUUGGGGGGGCACUGAGGCCAGCUCCUCACUGAUGGUUCUCAGGCUGCUGAGCUGGGGAGGGGGCCUGUGGGGCCUGGUCUCCUGAUGGGACAGCAUUUUAGGCCAAGUGUUUGGUCAUGGGGAGGGAGCCCUGAGGAACGGUCAGUCCUGUCCUCGGUCCCCACUAAUUCCAGACUCCCACUGCACCUGCUCCCCUUGGCUUGUUCUUGUGCUCUGCAGUGCAUUGGGGCUCGACGAGGACCAUAUGAAGAAUGAACGGUGGAGUGGGGGGGGCUUUAUCUGACAACUCUGGACCCCACAUACGAGCUCUGGGUUAGGGCCCUGGUGCGCUGAGGGAGAAUGUGUUCUAAGAAAGCCCAUGCUUGUGUCUGGAGGGCCAGUGGAAAGAGGGCUUUGUAACAACCAUUGUGUGUGGGGGUGCAGAGGGGACAGUCCACUCUGCUUUCCUCAGGCUGUGGGGCCACCAAGAGGGAAGGGAGACAGGGUGGCUAGGCAGGUGGUUGUGGAUUUUGUGGGGCUGACUUGUCAGCUCUGAGAUAAGGCUCAGUAUUGUUUUCCUAGAUUUUGGCUAAAACUGGUUGGCCACUGAAUGACCGGCAGAUAUUGGGUUCUCUGUCUGUCUACAGUCCCCCUGAGGCGGAUGUCUGUCUGUCUUUCAGGAGCUGGUCAGAUAGAUUGACGUGUGUGAGAGAGAGAUCCUGGGUAUAAAAAUCCCAUUUCCAUAAAACCCUUGUGAGUCUCCCACAUAGUAAACCACCUCAGUGAAACCAGAAGUUCCUGGAGCUGGAGUGGGGAUGUCUUAACCCUGUUUGUGACCUGUGACUUUAGCUUUUUGACUAGUUCUUACCCAGACACGGGAGAACUCUCCCGAGUGACCUGAGGGCAGACCCACCUGGAGUGCUCACCUGGGGCUCAGGGGCUUCCUGACCCCGGCCAUCAGCUACUCAUCUGGGGCUCAGGGGCCUGGGGGACUUGAGCUCUCCCUGCGCCCCACUGGAACCAGACCAGGGCCGCAUCUGGUGGACAGCCUUGGCUCUCAGGCCUCUGCGGCAGGGGUUCUGUUUUCAUGGGCUAGGACGCCGUGGCCUCUCCGGCAAGGCCUGACGGAGAGCUGGGAAGCAGCCUCGUAAACAUUCCUGAGGCGGGCGGCAGGCGCACGGCCUGGACGUGGGGCCUGGAGCCCUCUCCCCGGUGAUUGCAGAUGUAGGAGGUCUGAGACCCUUUGGAAGGUGUUCACUGAGCAUGCAGGCCGACUGCCAAAGGAAAGGCAGCUUGGCAGACAUUGGAAGCAAUGUCGCGUGGUAAUCAUUUCCAGCUGUAUUUAUUUAUUCCCACAAUUGUUAGCUUUCAGUUUUUUUGGCAGCUGAGCUCUUUAAGAAUAUUUUUAAAUUUAUUUUUUAUCGUUUUAGACAGUUUUAUUGACGCAAUUCACAUACCAGACAAUGUCCCCAUUUAAAACUGCCCGUGCAGUGGGGUCUCAUGCUGACCGCGCGUCUGUGGGACACUCUGUGUGCAGGGCACAUACAGGCCACGGAGGGGCUUGGUCCCUGUCGAGCUGCUUGGCAGAACAUACUGACCACCUGCGGGCCCGGCUGCGGCCUGGACGCCUGGCCACCUGGCCCCCGGCGGCUCCAAAACCGAGGACCCUGCGGACCCCGUGGGUGUUGGACCAGAGGGCCUUUUGGCAAAACAGGAGCCUCUCUUUAGAAACCAAUGGAUUUCUCUGAGGACCGUUUGUUCUCAUCGUACAACUGGAAGAACAGAGACAAAUUCCUGUUGCCUCAAGACCAGAGGGGCGGUUGUGAAUGUCAGUGCAAAAACUUGUAACAGAUGGGCAGCGUGUGCCAGAGUUUUCCUAGUCCGUGCUUCAGGGGCCAGGAGACACGUGGUGUUGGUAGAGGGAGUUGUCCGAGGCGGGACAGUACGGUGUCCGAGGGAGCUGGCGGAGCUGCAUACCAGCUGGCGCUGGAAUGGUCCUGUCCGGGCUGUGAACCUCUGUGGCCUCCUUGGCACUUAGGUUCAUGGGGCAGGGAGAGGGGAAGGGCUCGGCAGAAACAGCUGGACUAGUGUAAGAGCCCGUGACCGUGUGACCCCGUGACCAGGGUGUGGCCUUCUGAAGGACAGCCCUGUGGGGUUCGGGAAAGCUUUUUCCUUCUCACUGGCUGUAGGUGCCCGGGCCCCCUGAGAAUCACACACGUCCAACUGGGGUCCCGCUCCCGUCUGGCGGUGGGCUCUCCUUCUGCCUUUGUGGACAAGGGACAGAAGAUGCCUAGACGCGGCCUUGCUUUGGUUUCAUGUGAGCACUGUGGGUGGAGAGAUGAGUAAGGAUGGGAGACCUCAGUUCUGCCAUCUCCUGUGACUUGGAGACCACACUUGCUGUGCGGGAAAGGGGACGAGACGCUGUAAGAAGUUUCCUUCAAAGAGCUGUGGGCUUGGGGUUUAGCUGAAAUUGGAGCUGGACACGCCCGUGUGAGCUCAUGAGGGAUUCUGUCUCCAUCGCCCGACAGGGCCUUGAAACUACCACCUUCUCUGAGCCGCCCCCAGAGGAUGGUUCCUGAAGACCAUUCCUGCCAGUAGGACACCAGGCUCCUUAGAGAUGCAGCUGGCUCCAGGCCUGGGCCGGGAGGAGCCCAAGACAAGCCCAGAUGGCAGGGAUGCCAAGUCAGGGCCACCAGAACUCUGGGACAAGACCGUGAUGCAUGGUAAAUAGGUGGCGUGACCGGAAGUGAUGCCAUACUGUGAAACAGGUGGUUUUCUCCUCUAGUGGCAAGUGCCCAGAAACGGAAGCUAGAGAAAUCUCUCUUUUCCAGCGGCUACAAGAGCCAGCAAGCCAGGAUAUGUGCUCCGGGAGCCUAUGGAGACGUGGAGACAGCCAGGCCGGGUGCAGAGCUCCCAGGUGUUUCCAGGCUGUCCUUCUCCUGGCCCUAACCAUGCUCCUGCUGGCUGGCAUCCUGCACAUGGACGUGGGGCUAUUCAUACCCCUGCUCAGGAGCCAGGCCGAGGGGCCGCCCAUUGUCAAUGUCAUGUUCCUCAAGACGCACAAGACGGCCAGCAGCACUGUGCUCAACAUCCUCUUCCGCUUCGCUGAGACGCACAACUUGUCCGUGGCCCUGCCCGCAGGCUCCAGCUUCCACCUGGGCUACCCCUGGCUCUUCCUGGCACGCUACGUGGAGGGCUCAGAGCCCCAAGGCCCGCAGCAGCGUUUCAACAUCAUGGGCAACCACCUGAGGUUCAACCUGCCUGAGGUGCAGAAAGUCAUGCCCAACGACACUUUCUACUUUUCCAUCAUCAGAAACCCCGUCUUCCAGCUGGAGUCCGCCUUCACGUACUACAAAGACUCCGUUCCUGCGUUCAGGAAUGCGGAGAGCCUGGAUGCCUUCCUGGCCUCCCCGUGGACCUACUACAACCAGAGUGUGGGCCUGCCCAACGCCUUUGCCAGGAAUAACAUGUGGUUCGACCUGGGCUUCGACAACAAUGCGCGUGCCGAAGACGAGGGCUACGUGCGUGCGCGCCUGGCCGACGUGGAACGGCAAUUCCAGCUGGUGCUCAUCGCCGAGCACUUCGACGAGUCUAUGGUGCUGCUGCGGCGCGCGCUGCGCUGGCGGCUGGACGACGUGGUGACCUUCCCGCUCAACUCGCGGAGCGUGCGCAGCGUGGCCCCCCUGACGGCCGUAGGCAGGGAGCGCGCGCAGCGCUGGUGCGCCCUGGACUGGCAGCUCUACCAGCACUUCAACCGCAGCUUCUGGGUUCGCGCACACGCCGAGCUGGGCCCGCGGCUGCUGCGCGCCGAAGUGGCACGGCUGCGGGCGCGGCGGCGGGAGCUCAGGGAGCGGUGUCUGCAGGAUGGCACCGCCAAGAACCAGUCGCAGAUCGCCGACCCCCAGCUGCGCCCCUUCCAGUCGGGCCAGGCCGACAUCCUGGGCUACAACCUCAGGCAGGGCCUGGAUGAACAGACACAGCGGAUGUGUGAGAGGAUGGUCACUCCCGAGCUUCAGUAUAUGGCCCGCUUGUACGCCCUGCAGUUCCCGGAAAAGCAACCCAAACGCCUCGCCUUCCUGGAGUAGGGGGCAGCGCCAGGGACAGGGCACGAGUCCCAGCCCUUCUGUCAUCCCUGGGAGACCAGGGUACCGACUGGUGAGGAGGGGGUCUCUUGGGGCAGCUGUGCGUCGUGUGAAGACCGCACUAAAGGCACCCACUCCGGAUCCAUCCUCUUGGAGGCGCCACUGCAGUGAGGGUCCCACUUUGGGAUUUGAGGGUUUGAACCUGGUUAACAAGUAGAAAAACCUUACAAGAUAGAAAAGUGAGUGACACUAAAUUACAAGUUGACAAACUGCCCCUCGAAAGGACACAUGUGGGCACAUCGACCAUCACAGGAACUCGAGCGCAGGGGGUCAGGAAAAGCUUGGGCAGCGGGUCUGGGAGUCUCUGAAGGAGCCCUGGCGGCUCCCCAAAUCUGCUGGCGGUGGGACAUGGGGCUGGUCACAGAGAGGGUUGUGUGAUGCCCAUGGGGAGCUCUGGGAAGCUGGCACAAGGCAGCAAGGAUCUGAAAUGUCCAGCUUCCCAUCUGUGGAUGGAUGAGGCAUCUUUGCAAGUAAAGAAUGGCUUUAGGUUGAGAAAAGUUGAAACUGCUUAUGAGACAAAUUGUUUAGCCAGAGCUCAAGGUGAGGAUUAGGGCCCCAGCCCCCUGUCCGGAUGGCCCCCUUGGAAUGUGGGUUGUCUGACCUGCUGGAGGAGCUCCUGCGGCUUAUAGCACACUCUGUUGUCCUGGAGGGCACCCUGGAUGCAGUCCCAGAGGAGGGUGGUCACAUGGCUGACGGCAUUUGGAGAGCCUCCUCAGAGGGCAGUAUCCAGGCAUCCGUUUGUCAAUUGUUGGGAGGGACAGAGGGCCCCCUGUCUCGAAGGAUGUAAUCCGGGUGCCUGGGGGCCCGGAGGUUAGAGUGGGGUGCACACCAGUGCUGUAGACUCUGCGUCCUGAGGAAAGUGGGGGGCCUGGGGCACUCACGGAACAGAGCUGCUCUUACAUGUGAAGCCUAAAUGCUCAGCUGGCCCAUCUGCCUGACACCGGGUCCAUCCUCCUUCCUCAUAAGGUUCUCGGGCCUGAUGACCCCAGGAGCUUGGCUGGGGCACCUGAGGAGGGGCUCCAUGUAUGGGCAUGGCCACCCUUCUCGGGGAUCUACCUGUCAAGGAACCUGCCAGCAAUCAGAAGAGACAGCUCCCUGGGACACCAGUUUCAUGGAGGGAAAUUUUAAGAAGAAUGAAUCUUCAGUGAGAUUAGAAGACAUAUUGUCGAGAUUUUGAAAGGAAAAGAGGAUAUUGGAAACUGAAAACGUGACUUUCAAAGCACUACACCGAGACAGAAAAGAACAGAAUGGGCAGGGCGGAAUCAGGGGUGGCGGGGACACCACCCCGAGGAUUGUCGUCCUCCACCCAGAGGAGAUCGUGGAGGCCUGUCCUGAGGGACAGCGAAGAAAGCAAUCAGAUGCAGAAGAGCCAUUAGGCGGAUAAUGGAGAGCCUGAAGGAGGGUCAGAGUUAUCAGUAAGAAGCUACAGCCAAAGAAAGAAAUGAAAAUAUGGCCCUGGUUGGAAGGAAGUAUCCAGGCAAAUGUGGUGCCCUGAGCAUCAGGCGGGCCCCCCCCGAGCCACAGAGCCCCCUGCAUGGGUCAGCCCGGCCAGCCUGCCAGCGUGGGGUAAGGGAGACAGGUGGCCGCUUCUGUCCCUGCCGCCCCAGAAGGGGGUCUGUUCUCAGCGGCACGCGGAUCGGGACUACGAAGUUCCAGUAGAAAUCCAAGGGUGUUUGCUUUUGCCUUCAUGGCUGGAGGAAACAUAAAUCAGUACUGUCUCUUUGGAAGGAAUUUCAGGGUUAUUUAUUCAAAGUGAAGUAUAUGCAGAUUGGAAGAGACAGCUUGGAAAACAGCCAGCAAGGGAUCUCCCUUCAGAAGGGAAGUUUCAAAUCAAGUUGUUUGCAGCUGCUAAAAUGAUAGAGUUGGGAGCACAGGGUCUGCAGAAACUCCCCUAAGGUGUGGGGAUUUUGGAGCCUUGGUGAUGCUGGAGUGGGGAGGGGUGGGGGCAGGCAGCCCAGGAGGGUGUGUGAUGGCCCCAGAGGACCGAGGAUGCCCAGGAGCCAGACCUUCCUUCUGAUUUUUCAAGAGAAGCUAGAAAUACAGAUUUUUAAGUGAAAUCUCUAUAUUUAAAAAGGUUGGUGUCUCAUUAGAACAUUAAGAGGGUGGGGAGGAUGGGGGAGUAGGGUUAGAGAUACAAACUUUCAGUUUAGGAAGGCAGAAAUAAGGACGUGGACAGGGGAGAGGAUGCAGUCUGUCACUGUGCAGUGGUCUGGUGUGCGGACGAUGGUGACCGCUGGCCGAGGUGAGGCUUUUUGUCACACACCUACUUGUCAGAUCGCUGUGUUCUGACCUGAAACUCACAGAAUGUCGUGUGUCAGCUAUACUCCCAACAGAAAACAAACCCCACGGAUUUCUUAUCCUGUUUAUAGAGGAAAGGUGAUUGUAAUAUAUGAAACACAGCUAGCUCUGACAUCAGUAGACAGGGAAGAUUACUAAUAGCUUACUUAAAUUUUUUUUCACCAUAUUGUUGAAAGCCUCUAUGAAUAAAAGCUUUUCAAAUGAUAA